CACCGGCCAAACUGGAGGCCCUGGUUUACCUGCAAGAUUCGGAGCUUGUGGCGGCCUUUCAGAGACGAUGUGGACUUUACCUUGUCCAGGCGACGCGUCACAGUCGGGGGAUGGCGCUCGCUGGAGACCCCGACCAAAUUCACCAAUCACGUGGUUUACGUAAGACGACGUGGGAGCGCCAGGACAGCAAUUCUAACUAUAAAUACAACGAAGACCUGGUGAUGUACAUCGGCCAGGUGAUGAAGGAUGUCCUAAAGUUGCCCCGUCCUUGCUCCCCUCCCGUGGUCAAGCUGGAGACGCGUGUUGAUGCAGAGUAUGGGCUGCCUUCGACUCAUGCCAUGGCCGCCACAGCAAUCUCCUUUACAUUGCUACUGAGUGCCCCUUCCAGAAUCCAGUUCCAGUUUGAGAUGGGUCUGCUGAUGGCUGUGACACUGUCGACCAUGGUGUGCUUGAGUCGUCUCUACACCGGCAUGCACUCAGUUCUGGAUGUCGUCUGUGGCGUUUUGCUCGCAGCCCUCCUGUUGUUCCUCACACACCCCUAUUGGGAAGCCUUCGACCGGUUCCAGCUCACCAGUAGAAUGUCGCCAAUCCUGGCGUUGACGCUGCCCCUCUUUCUCAGCUACACAUACCCAGAGCUGGAGCAUUACAGCACCACCCGGGGGGACACCACCACCAUCCUUGGAGUCGGGGCUGGCUGCUCUGUGGGAUAUUGGGUGAACAAACAGUUGGGGGAGACGUUUGAGCCCGAAGGAGUUCUGCCUGUUCCCUUACCCACACUGACAAGAUCCGCACUGGCGUCUGGCACCGCCCGCUUCCUCGUUGGAGUGGGAGCCUUAGUGGGUACUCGGCAGAUUAUGAAAGCGGUCAGCCUGCAUUUGUUGUUCUGGUGGCACAAAGUACCAAAAUAUGACCAGAGUGCCAGGAUGCGCAAAGAGAUUGAAGUACCAAGCAAGUAUGCCACGUAUACAGCUGUUGGACUCGUUCAUUCUAUAAUGGUCAACAGAGUCUUCCUUCUACUAGGGUUAUGAUUAAUAGAACAUUGAAGAAAACAACCAGUACUCAAAAAUGUUUAUAAUCUGCACUUGUAGUGACAAAUAUUAUGUAUACUGAAUCCUAAUAAAUACUUAAUGGGUUGUU